AAGUUGUCUUACAUAUGAACAAUUUCAGUAAGUUCGUUUUAUUUUGAAAAACAAACCACAAAACUCCUCUCUUCCUUUCUUCUACACAUUUGCGGCCAACUUCAACAUCCAACUUCAAAUCACAUUUCAUCAAAUAUGGAAGAAAAUCUACCUAGGGGUAGGCAUGGAAAGGCAAUCAAUGCACAUGCUUCCGCUCGUAGAGAGCUUGCUGCAAAUCAUCCGUCCAAACGAGGUCGUCGCAAAGGACCAACUCCGGGGCAAGGUACACAUGAUGCCGAGGCGGGUGGGUCGCAUACACGUGGACGGACACGUCUAGGACAAUCAUUGGUGGUGCAAGAUGAAUUUGAUGCCGACCAAUUUUUAAAUGCGUGUUUUGAUUAUGAUGAUCUUGGAUCACCACAAGUCUCACCACAAGUCUCACCGCAACACUCACCGCAAGAUGAACCGCAAGACCCACCGCAACAACCACCUCGACAACAACGGCGCAAACCAGUACGCCGAAAACCACCAAAGUGUUCACGUAAUGAUGAUGAAGUAGGUUUUGGAGGAGGACCGACGGAUUUGUCCUUGUUAACGGAGUACGAUAAGCAUAUGGCUAUUCCGAUAUGGUAUGCAGACCCAAAUGACAAAGAGAUUUUAGCGGUAAAUUUACGUUGCAUCGCCAGCGGAAAAAAAGUUAUUAAUAUACAAAAACCGUCCCGCCGCACGGACAGAUGGUUUUGGGAUGUGGUUGAAGCAUCGGGUUUGGAGCCGCUUACCCGGACUAAUUUUAGCGUGCUUGACUACGGGCUCCUCUGGGCAUUUGUUGAAAGAUGGCAUACGGAGACGAGUUCAUUCCACAUUCCAUUGGGUGAGCUGGCCAUCACAUUGGACGAUGUCCAGUGUCUGUUGCAUAUUCCGAUCGAGGGAAAGUUUCUGAACCAUGGCAAAAUGUCAAGGGAUGAAGCGGCUGACAUGGUUAAUUCAUUUCUAGGAGUUGAUCGGAAUGUUGUUAUGGGUCAUUUUGCCAAAAUGAACGGGCUCCAUCUGAAGCAUUCUGACGUGGAGGAUAUCUAUAGUGUUAACCACGGAUUAGCUGAUAAAGCUGUUGCUGAAGGUAAGUCGGCGCAUGAGAUUAAGCUGUAUAGGGACAGGUCCAUACGGGCUUUCUUGCUAUUUUUGGUCUGUUGUACCAUAUUUAGCAACAAAAGCAGUUACUACGUGGACGUAGUAUACCUGCAGUAUUUUCAGGAUUUGUCGGCUGUCCGUGAAUGGAAUUGGGGUGCUGCUGCUCUGGUUCAUUUGCAACAUUAUCUGGAUGAUGCGUGUUUGGUGACAGUGAAUCAGAUGGCUGGGUACAUGUCUUUGCUUCAGGGCUGGAUAAUUUCUCAUUUUCCGGGACUUAGCGUGUGGGCGCAGGAUCCUAUCUAUUCUGAGGUCAUGCCUCGAAAUGCAAAGUUUGUUCCCGGAGCUGGACAUAGGGAACCAAGUAGCUAUAGAAACACAAAGCAUUUGCCUGAACGCGUGCUUAGACAAUUUAAACAUGUCCAAGGCAUUCCUAGAAAACCGGAUUUGUCUGCGACUCCGGGGAUGAGCCUAUGUGAGAUUGAUCGUGUUUUUAUGGAGGAGUUGGAUUUGAGGAUGAUUGCUGAAGAGAUGAGGGGUCAGGCUGUGGUUAGCGCAUGGGACCAUGAACCUGGAUACAUGACAUGGUUUUACAAAGUGUCGCAUCCAGUUAUGCGACCCGUACAAGCUCCGGCGUCACCACCAAGGCCACCUAACUUAGAGGUGUUGAUAGAGGCCGCGGAAGCAAGGAAUGACCCUAACAUGCUUCAGGUAUGCCGUGGUGUUAGGGAUGAGGUGGAGAGGUCACUUCGCGAAGGUGAGGCGGUGGAAGGAACUCCUGUUCAUGGAAUCAUGACGGACGACAAAGUUGGCCGAACAAGACGUGGCGGUGCAAGCAAAGCACAUAGCUCUGCACGUAGACAGGCUGCGGUCAAUGUAGAUAAAAUUCCAAGUCGAGCUAAAGGGAAAGCAGUUUCAACCACGAUGGAUGAGCCUCGACCGGAGGAUGCAGAAUCGCAAGAUGAGAAUGAAGACGUGGAAGAAAAUAUUUCUGAAGAAGGGGAAGAGGAAGGGGAGGAAGGGGAGGAAGGAGUGGAUGAGGAAGCGGAGGAAGCGGAUGAAGAGGGGGAUGAUGAUGGGGAAGAAGAAGUUGAUGAGGAAGCGGAAGAGGAAAUGGAGGAGGAAGAGGAGGCUGAACAACCACCACCAGAACCUAAAAAACCACGGAAAAAGGUUACGCGAGUAACACAAGGAAGGAACCCACCACGAGUAAAACCACCACCAGUUACAUGUUAUGAUGGUGGUCCGUCUGACUUGUCUUUGUUGCCGGGAUUUGGAAAACAUGUUGCUGUACCGUUGUGGAAAGGAGAGCUCCAAUCCCGGUAUUUGAGGGUAAUGAACAACGGGAAAAAAAUCAACAAUUUCAAGAUAUGUCCGAAAGAGUACUCGUGGUUUUGGAAUGUCGUUAAUGCGUCCGGACUCGAAACUCUGCGGCGGACAAAUUACAAUCACACCGAUUGGGGUCUGUUGACGGCAUUUGCAGAGCGAUGGCAUCCUGAGACCGGAACUUUCCAUCUUCCUAUUGGUGAGAUGACUAUAACCUUGGACGACGUGUCCUCAUUGCUUCAUAUUCCGAUUACCGGAAAAAUGCUCGACCACAACGGAACGUCAUGUACAAAGGAAGAUGGUGAAGAGAUGUGCGUAGAGUAUCUGAACUUCCCUAUUAGUAAGUGCAAGAAAGAGUUUCAAAAAAUGAAAGGAGCACAUAUAGGGUUUAAGGCGUUGAAGGAUUUGUAUCUCGAUAAUUUGAAGGAUGCCUUGAAAGCUGAAAGGUUAAAGAAGCCUGCUGAAGAUGUGGAAUUCCUCAGGGAAUGCACCAUUAGAUGCUAUUUGCUCUACUUGAUCGGUGCAACCAUUUUCACCAACAAAAGUAUGCAGUACGUGGACGUCAUUUUUCUUACCUACUUGCGAGACCUCAGUUUAGUUAACACGUGGAAUUGGGGUGCUUCUGGGCUGGCAUAUCUGUACAACUACUUGGAUGCUGCAAGCCGCCCGAGAUGUGGAAAUCAUGGUGGUUAUAACUGUCUAUUUCAGGCCUGGAUUAUGGCGCAUUUCAAAACUUUUGGUGGACGUUUUGUUGAUGAGAGAUACACCCACGACAAUCCCUAUGCGGCAAGAUUUUUGCCUUUAAAAGGACCAAAAUUUCCAGGGCAGCAUAGGUCCGCAUUGGAUACAAUGCGCAUGGAUGAAGUGGUGUUUUGCCCAUAUGAGGAGCACCGGCAAACCAGACCCUUUCAAGAUAUCAGUUGGUACACUGGUUGGAUUAUGUGUGGAAGUGCUAUUAUCAAUCCACACUUGCCAGAACGUGUCCUCCGACAAUUUGGACAUGUCCAGUCUAUCCCUAGGCACCCUGAUGUAUCUGCAAAGGCUGGUAUGAAUCGGUUUACGAUUGCUGAUGCAUUUGCUUCCUACCUGACUGCCAACUAUGUGACAGAGGAGAUGCGAGGACCAAAAGUUGUGCGUGCAUUUGAUACCGUACCCGGAUACAUUCCAUGGUUAUACCGUGUUUCUCAUCCGAAGAUAUUGCCACCGGUUGAAGCGGAUCCACCAACACAUGCUAACCUUGAUGAGGACAACGUGAGUGGUGAAUGCGACGUGUCUGAAGUGACUAAGAAGGUUCGAGCGGAUUUGAGGAAAGCGCUCGAUGGUCAACUCAAUUUGGCCGAUGCUUUGGUGGUUAUUGAAAAAGCCUACACUGAUUUGGAGCCUGUAGAUGCAUAUUUGGUGCGACGGAAGAGGAAAAGAGACUCGGGUGAAGGAACAAAGAAGAGGAAGAAGAAGAAGAAGACAACAACGGAAGAUGCCGGAACAAGCAGCUUGUAGUUUUUUAUUUUUUGUUUUCGCUAUGUUUUAUUUUUUUUUAAAUCCUGCCGUGUACAAUGGAACAACUUGUCCGUAUAAUUUCGUUUUGCUUGGGAUGUAUGAACAUGGAUUUAUAUUGAAUGCGGUUUCCAUUUAAUUUGUUUUUUUAUUGGAUUUGGAUUGGAAUGUAUGAAUUUCAUUUGAAAUACGAUUAUAUCCGAACAGGUGAUUUCGCGUGGAUAUGAUCCCACGGGUGAUACAUAGUUUAAAGUCAUUUGUUGGGAAAAGAUAU